AUGACUUCGGCUCUUCACUGGCUGCUGCUCCUGUCCGUCUCGCUUGGGGUGUGGUCUGUGCCCAUUGACCGCAAUGCAACUCCCCAGAAAGCUGAGCCCCCUCAGGAGGAGAAGGAGGAAGAGAGCGUGGACACUGGCCUGUACUAUGACAGGUACCUGAGGGAGGUCAUCGAGGUGCUGGAGACAGACCCCCACUUCAGAGAGAAGCUGCAGAGCGCCAAUACUGAGGACAUCAAGAGUGGACGACUCAGUAAGGAGUUGGACCUGGUUGGCCACCACGUCAGGACCCGUCUGGAUGAGCUGAAACGACAGGAAGUGUCCCGACUCAGGAUGCUUUUGAAGGCCAAAUUGGACAGUACCAACACACAGAGUAUGCAAAUGGACCAUGUCUCUCUGUUGAAGCAGUUUGAACACCUGGACCCCCACAACCAGAACACCUUUGAGGCCAAAGACCUGGAGCUGCUCAUUGCCACGGCGACCAAGGACCUGGAGAACUACGAUGCCGAGCGGCACGAGGAGUUCAAGCGCUACGAGAUGCUGAAGGAGCACGAGAGGCGGGAGUACCUGAAGAGCCUGGACCAGGAGAAGAGGGAGAGGGAGGAGAAGAGGCUGGAGGAGCUGAAGGAGAAGCACAGACAGCACCCCAAAGUCAACGCUCCAGGUAGUGUGGCUCAGCUUCGGGAGGUGUGGGAGGAGACAGAUGGUCUGGACCCUCAGGAAUUUAACCCCAAGACCUUCUUCAAGCUCCACGAUACCAAUGGAGAUGGUGUUCUGGACGAGCAGGAAUUGGAGGCUCUGUUCACAAAAGAGCUGGAGAAGGUGUAUGACCCCCGCAAUGAGGAGGACGAUAUGAUGGAGAUGGAGGAGGAGCGACUGAGGAUGAGGGAGCACUUCAUGAAGAACGUGGACAUCAAUCACGACCGACUCGUCAGCCUGGAAGAGUUCCUCAAGUCAACGGAGAAGAAAGACUUUAACAGCCCUAAAGAAUGGAAGACCCUUGACGACAUAAAGCCAGUGUAUUCAGAGGUGGAGCUCCAGCAGUUUGAGGCGGAGCUCCGGGAUAAAGAACUGGAGCUUGAAAGGAGGGCAGCGUCUCUGCGGCAAGAGCAGGAACUGCUAAAAGAGAGGGGCAAGGCCCUGGAGGCGCAGAGGAAAGAGUACCAGCAGGCAGUAAUGGAGAUGUCUCAGAGACAGAAGAACCAGCAGGCAGUAGAGGAGCAGCCCCCAGCAGGUCCUAAUGGGGAACUGCAAUUCCACCAAGGGUUGAAGAAACUGGAAGAGCAAGGAGCCAAGGCCCCCAUAUCUCAGGAUGCUGCUGGAGAAGCACAGAGUAACCUUCCUGUUGAACCCCCACAGAAUCUGCCGCUGCACACCUCCUAACACGACUCAACCACACGCUUUCCAUUACUCCACACCCCCCAGCACAGCCAUUAACUUUCACAUCUGUGGUCUUGAAUUUUGCGGUUUCUUCAUUAAGAGAGUCUUAGUUGACUGCUGGUUGACUGCUUGAUUACUGGCACUCUGGCUUGAUACAUGGUGUUGAUUGACACAUCAUAUUUUGCUCCGGUGAGAGAUGCUCUGUUGUGUCCAGUUAAUUUUGUUAUCCUUGCAGGUGUUAAAACUGAAUAGACGCAAGCUCAGAAUCUCCUGUAUCCCCUGUGCAGCUUUGCCCUGUCCUUGCUCUUCAGAGCUGAGUGCUCUUUAAACUUCAUCCUGUUCAUAUCAGUUGUAACAGAUUUCACUUAUUUAAAACAAGACAUGACAUGUACAUUUUGCUAAUCUUCUAUUAAGUGAAAGGGAUUAUGUGGUUCUCAUCAAAUGCAUACAAUGCACACGUGCAGCAUACACAAAAGCAACAGGCUUGUUGUAGUCCAGCUGGUUCGGUGGAGGAGUGAAUAGGGUGGCAGCAGGAUGAAUUGCACUGUAACAAAUUGUAUUAAGUUUUGAUUGUGAUGUGGCUGUGAUUGACCUCUCGUCUGAGCCCCCAUUACCUUGUACCUCAGUGUGUGUUCUCUCCCCCAUGCCUUGGUUCUCAUUCUUUUCUGUUCUCCCCGUGUGUUCUUCUUCCGAUCCAUGCUGGAGUUCCAUCUACCCCUCAUUACUCCCUCCGUUCCUUGAAUUUGCCCCCUCUCUCUCACACACACACAGGCUCAAACACUUUGGGCAGGCACUGGCCUACGCAC